AUGGAGUCUCUGGAGCACCACCCUCAGGAGGCGGUACCACCCACGAGGGACAACCCCUACGGAGGUCAAGAGGCCAGGAACAUGGCAUACGCACGAACGAAAAGCUCGCAAGGGCAAGGGGGACACGCGUUCCUGAGAGCGGCUCCCACCGACCGAGCUCGAGAGAUUCCAUCGAACGAAUUCGUCUACGCGACGAGACGCGCCUUCGGAGUUAAAGAAUUCUUGGCGGAAAGAUGUCCCAGGUGCCACAGAGGCAGGGAAGGCGAGAUCAUCACAACGGUGCACGCAAGGACCUGUCCAAGGGAUGGAGCACAGGUCAACAUGAACGAGCCGUUAAAAUACGCACUAUCGAGAGCACUCAACGGCCUUCGCGUAAAACACGACGUUGAAAGCGGGGCACCGUUCACGGGGGAAAGAAACCUGAGCAUGGACAUCAGGCCAGGAGCCCCACGAACGCAUCUUCUCCCGGGUACCGCAACAAAGGAAUACUCCUCGAUGUCACACACGCAGACCCGCAAGCACAGGUACACUUGCGGAACGGCAGCGCGACCAGCGAUGGAAUCGCAGCCCAAGCAUCCGAGGCGCGAAAGCGUCAGCACUACGCUCGUCCGGGACACGUGUCCUUUGACGAACGCAGCUUUAAACUUACCACCUUAGCCGUGGAAAGCUUUGGCCGCCUUGGAGAGGAGGGUUACGAGUUCAUCGAUGAACUUGCGACACAUGCCGUGGGAGGAAGGGACGGAGGAACGAUGGAUCUGUCUUCAAGGAACGACUUCUUCAGAUCGUUUCGGUGGCUACACAGGUGGCCAUAUCUCGGCGAGUGCAGAGGUACAAGCUCGCAUUGCGCGGGCGUCAAGACGCCGAAAACAGGCGAACAAGAUCGACCUCGAACCAGUCAACGCCAAUGAUAUGGGGAUGGAGUGUAGACGCAUCGUAGAACGCGUUUUCGUUUGAAGUUAGCGUCUUGUUUGAGAGUAGAUGUGACAGAUUUGCGUAGAAUAGUGUAUGAUGUUAUCAUGAACGGAGAAGAAAGGGCGUUUCCAACACGGAGAUGUAGCAUGGAUCAAAGCAUUUGUUGGAUUUCAGCUUUUACAAGAGGACAUGAACGCAGUAGUAUUUUAGCAAGCUUACGAACGCAUGUAGGAUACCAUGAGGAUUGUCAUUGGUUUUAUUUCAAAUUGAAGAGAAGAUAUU